GAGUCAGUCAGUCGAGUCGCCGAACGGGUCGACCACGGCAGCAGAGCUUCUCUAGAGUCAUCUCACACCCAACAAACAUGGCGUCCGCGUGGCUGCACGACUUGGAGAACGAGGUGCGCGCCCUGAGGGGUGUGUCCCGGCGAAGGGUGCAGGUGGCCAGGGACGACUUCGCCCUGUUCAGCAGCGAGCACAGGUCGGCGGCCAGCAGCACGGUCGCCCAGCUCGACACUUGGCUCGAGAACCAGAUGACCUGUAGAUCUUCCUCAUACUUCAAAAAGUGGCGAAGUGGCGGGUCUCAGUGUGUGUUUAGCGAUGACGACGAGGACGAUGACAAUAACAAGGCGACCAUCUCUUCCAAGAAGCUGGACGAGACGACCGGUGUGCGCCAACUGCGCGAGAGGAACCAGAAACUCGAAACCAUCAUUAACGACGUGAUGGAGGUGAACAAACGCUGGCAGAAGCACCACUCUGAGCGCGAGGUGUACCUGCAGAAGCUGCAAAACACCAUCUCCGAGCUGCAGCAGAGGGAAAUCCAAUCUGCUGUCAAGGAAAACGCUGCUGCCUCGGUACGCAGCUCAGAUUCCAUUAAGCAGGGCUUGACUGUUACCCCCGAGAGACUGGCUCAAAUUGAGGCGGAAAACGCUCAGCUGAGUCUUGAGCUCGAGUCCGCUCACCGAAAGGCCCAAGCCAUGGAAAAAGAGCACAAAGAACACGUCCAGCUUCUCAACAUUCAGGUUCGUUCAUACCGAGAUGAUUGGGAGGCUGAAAGGAGAGAGAAAGAACAGGCUCUUAUUGAUAAAGCUACUCUAGAAGAGAGAUGCCGGAAUCUCGAAGAAAAACUGCUUUGUGAAAAGCAGAAGACUGCUCCGGUGGAGAAAUCGGUGAUGAACAUUGCGCCGUGCGGCUGCCCCCAGGAGGCGGUGCCGGCGUGCCGGCGCGGCCCCAACUGCCCCCAUGCUUCCAAGAACCAAGGCAGCAGCAGCGGCAGUACGUUCCGCUCGUCGGUGCACCUGCCGUGCCUUCCGGCCAACCGGGCGAGUAGGCGCCGCGCCACCCUCGAGAGCUCGCAGUCGAUCGGCUCGAGUCGCACCUCUAGUCCUUCCGCCUCCGUCUCCACUGAGUCGGGCAUCGUCACCAUCGGCUUCGACGACGGCCUCGCCUCCGUCACCAGCUUCACCUAUCCCCCGGACACGCCCUUCUCCGUGUCCAGCAAGUCACUAGAGAUCCCUUUGCAUUCCUCCGACGUCGAGUCUGAGGACUGGAGCGGAAACGCAACCGAGGAGGGCGUCUUGACGCAGACAAGUGAGCAGGUGAUCUGCCCGCGGUGCCAGCGAGUCUUCCCUCCAGACCAGCACCUUGACUUCCUCGACCACUUUGACCACUGCCCUGACCAGCCUCACUACAAUUCCAUCUUCAAAUGAGCCGAAUUUCACAGAUUUCUAUUAUUAUGUACGUUUAAUUUAACAAAUGCAGUGUUUUUCACUUAAAGUGUUGUGCGCGCUCUUGAUGUUAUAUACAAGUUGUGAAUUCUAUUUGUAAAUAAUAUGUCAUUAUUGUAUGAAUUUGUAAGUGUGAUCCUACACUGAUGUGUUGAUUAGAUAAAUAAUCAUAUCUCAAAUGGAAAAUGUUCA